AUGAUACGUUCAGUUUCAGAGGAGGAAGUUUACGAGGCUCUUUUCAUGAUGAAACCUUGGAAAGCGCCAGGUGACGAUGGCUUCCAUGCUGGUGUCUAUCAGGAGACGCUUCGGCCCCUCUUAAAUAAACUUGUUCAGGGGAGUUUUAUUCCUGGAAGGCAAGUUGCUGAUAAUAUCAUCCUUUCUCAGGAGGUCGUUCACAAGAUUAGGCGAUGCAAGGUGGGACUUUCUUGUGGAUACAUUUUAUCAUUUUGGAUUCCCGAAGAAGUGGAUUGGCCUACUAUUGUUUUUUGUUCAAAGCACGGAACUUUCGGUGCUUUGAAUGGAGAGAAGACUUCUUAUUUCAGUCCCUCAUGGGGUCUUCGUCAAGGCGAUCCUAUUUCUCCAUACUUGUUCAUUCUUUUCAUGGAGAGACUUGGUCAUUUGAUUCAUGAUGUCCAAGCGAAUGUGGUCAAGAAUAUUCUUGAUAGGUUUUGCGCUGCCUCUGGUGCCAAAUUUAGCUUUGAGAAGUCAAAGUUUUUCUUAUCUCCAUCUUCUACCGUUGAAAUGAAGCGACGACUUAGUCAAAUAUUACAGAUAGGGCCUACCUCGGACUUGGGGAAGUAUUGA